AUGUCACUUGUGUUCCUCUUCUUCCUCCUGCCCAGCUGUUACGCCUACGAGACUGUCAGCAUCAAUAUCACGCAGCCCCAGACCCAUGCUCCACUGAACACGGCUCUGGCAUACUACAAACUCGCCGGCUUCAAUGGCGAUGACGAUUACCUGACCCGUGGCUUCUACCAAACAACCUGCGGCUCCAAUUUCAGCUUCCACUACACCGAGCCCAGCGUCUGGGGCAACGAGACCGGCACCCGCAACAAAUUCAUCCUCAUCUUGACCCACGGCUACCCAGAAUCAAGCUAUAUCUGGCGUCGUGUUACCAGCGUCUCCUCUUCUCGUCUUCCAGUAAUCGUGCCCGAUCAACCUGGCUGCGGCUUAUCAACUCCAUAUUGUAACGAGACCGGCUGCGCAUACGACAAGAGGACGUACUCACGCGCCAUCUUUAAAGCCGUCAAGCAUAUCUACCCAGGCCAUGGGGAGAAUGCGACGACUAGUGUAGUGCUCGCUGGAGAUGAUUGUGGCGGUAGACUAUGCAUCGUGCCGCGGUGGAAAAUGACUAUCCUGGUAUCAACGCCGUGGGCUUGUUCGUCGCCGACAUCGUUCCCAUUGUGGCGGAGAAACUUUGCAACCGAUGUGAUUAUGGCAUAUGGGGGUGGCAAGUGGGUUGACCAAAUCCUCGAGUAUCGUUCUGGGGAAAGCGUUCAAGGCAUCGCGCUGUUCAAAGCCGACGAAGCCUGGCAGAGCUACCAUACCCUCUUCGAACAGCUCGCGGCGACCAACCGGAGCGUCUUCGAAUAUCAAGCUGGUGGUACGAUCGGAUAUGAUUGGAUGGCGGAGGACCAAAAGAACGACCGCAAGGUGGAUAUCCCGACACACGUCCUUCUCUCCGAAGUAAACCUUGGCGCACAAUUCGAUGUCUUGGCUGUGUGGACAGAGUAUGUCCAUCCUAGUGCCGGUCUGACCCUUUCAGGGAUUGGGGAGCAGAAUGGACAUUUAAUUAUCGAGGAAGCGCCUGGUGAACUAUACUGGAAUAGCCGUUGCCUGAUUCCAUGA